CGCAAUCAAGCAUAAAAUGAAGCUCGCGCGUCACAUACUACACGUCGGACCCCGGUUCUAUUGAGUUCGUGUGCACCGGUAGCCGUGAUGCGUCAUAAUUCACGCACAUUUGAACUUGACGUCAGGUUCGAGCAGCCUCGCAGGUGGCUGUCAUUCCCCGCCACUACUUCUGAAGUCGCCUUCCUGAAUCCCUCUGAUGUCCUUGUGUUAUGAACACGACGCUAGAGCCACGUGACCGCGUGACGUAAAACUCCGCGGCGUCUCUCGCCCUGUACUGCAGGGGGGAGGGGGGUUCCAUCAUGGCGUCGAUGCAGAAAAGACUACAGAAGGAGCUAUUAGCAUUGCAAAAUGAUCCACCCCCUGGAAUGACUUUAAAUGAGAAGAGUGUGCAGAAUUCAAUAACGCAGUGGAUAGUAGAUAUGGAAGGAGCAACUGGCACACUAUAUGAAGGGGAGAAAUUUCAGCUUCUUUUCAAAUUCAGCAGUCGAUAUCCAUUUGAUUCACCUCAGGUAAUGUUCACUGGUGACAAUAUACCUGUACAUCCUCAUGUUUAUAGCAACGGCCACAUCUGUUUAUCCAUUUUAACAGAAGACUGGUCUCCUGCUCUCUCAGUGCAAUCAGUUUGUCUUAGCAUUAUCAGCAUGCUUUCCAGCUGCAAAGAAAAGAGACGACCACCUGAUAAUUCAUUUUAUGUAAGAACUUGUAAUAAGAAUCCAAAGAAAACAAAAUGGUGGUAUCAUGAUGAUACAUGUUAAUAUACAGAUUUAUAGAGAAGAUCUACUGAGUACCUAAGCACUUUGAUUAAUUCAGUCUUUGAACUUGAACCUUUGACUGGAAAAUGGACACCACACGCUGAAGACUACUAUCUUUCACUGCAUUUCUAUUGUGGUGCAGAUGGAUGUAUGCAGACAAUUGAUUGAAUACAACGAUGUACUGCACCCAACCUGCGCAUAUUUGCCGAGAGGUAUUAAUGCAGACAGUGAAGAAAUUGUAGUGGCGUUAUUCCUGUUUCAAGUCUUGUUUUCCUUUUCCUAAGGGGAAGGAGAAGACCAGGUCCUCAUGUAUUGUGCAAUAACAAGGAUUGAUGCAUGUGUGGACCUCAAACAAAGAAUAAAUCCAAAUUGGUUCCACUGAGGAAGUCCAGUGAGAUAAACCCAAAUAAAAUGCAACAUCUUUUGUACUUAAAUAAUAUGCACUGUGACAAUGACUUAUGGGUGUUACCAACUUGGGUGUGGAUUUUAUUAUUUAGUGCUGAAACUCCUUGAAACGUUUAUAUUCAGGUUAAAAGGUUUUACUUUAUAAUGCUGUCCAAAAUGGAAAAUCCUUGUAGCUUUCAUACAGUUUAACUGCGCUUUUUCAAGUUUGUUCCAUAAAAGUAAAAACAGUCUGUUUAAAGAAGAAAAAUCUAAUAUGGACAAAUAUGGCAUAAUAUAAAUUUAACAUUGUUGCAACCAGAUCUCUAUUUUAACCUAUAAAUGAGUAUGUUUAAUUCUUUUAAUUCUGUCCCCCCCUCUCUCUCUCCCCCCCAAAGGCCCUGCUUGUUCUGUUUGAAGUAAAGGAUAAAGCCAGACGCAUACUACACAGCUGGGCCACACGUUUUCUGUAAUAUUUAAGAAUUUUUUGUUUUAUUACUGUGCUGCAUAACUUAAGUUUGUUUAAUUUGUUGUAAGAUUGUCUUGCAUAUUUUUUUUUCUUAAAUAUUGUUUCAAUUGAAAAAGCUUUGUCUUUUUUGGUAACUUAUUUCUCAUUACAAGUUGUUAUCCUGACUUUUAAUUCUUGAAGGGGAAAAUACAUUUUGAAGGAUGCAAAGACGUUUUGGAAACCA